CGUUGUUGAUUGUGCACUUUCACCAUGGUGACCACUAGGACGGGGUUUAGUACCACGCCCUACAGCGAGGAGCAAGAAGAGAGAGCUGCCGGCCUUUUGCGUGAAAGGAAGGAAAAGAUGGAGAAAAGGGAAUUAAUCAAGCAGGCCAAGAUGCUGGCCCUAAGGGAGGAACAAGAGGCAAAGAAGAGGCAAAUGAAGGAGGAGCUGAAGGAGCAGGAGGAGAAGAUGGCGGCUAUACAAGAGGAGGUGGAGAAAGAAGAAGAAGAGGAAGAAGUAGAGGAAGAAGAGCCAUUGGCGAGAAGGAGAGGGGAAGCGAGCACAAGCAAAGAAAUUGAGAUUGCAAGGAUUGCAUAAGAGUGGGCCGCACAUUUGGAGUUGGGGGAAGAUAGGGAGGCCGAGAUGGCCAUUCCCCAGGAAGAGAGAGAAGCAGCAAGGAGGCAGAUUGAGACGGAAAGGGACCCGGUGAGGAGAAAGGCGAAGGAGGAAGAACAGCAAAUGGCAUGGAGAUACAGGCUGUCCCAAGAGAGGGUAAGACGAUUGGAAGCGGCGGAAAAGGCGGAGAAGGAUCUGAAAGCGGUGGAGACUAGGAUGGGAAAAAUUAGGGAAGAGACGGAGAUAGCUACUAAGCUCAACACCCUGACUGAGAGCGUACAAUCUUUACUAAUUGCACACCACGAAUAGGCGCAGUCUAUUCGAAGUUUAGAAGUAAAGGUAGAUGCAAUGC